AUGAUACUCAGCGGCCUUGAAAUUGUCACCCGACAAAUGGUGCGCAAUCUUCGCCAUGUGGUCCAACAACAGCAACCAUGUGGUGUAGAUCUAACACUUCGCCACGUCUCUAAAUGGACCUCAGCUGCAACAAUCGACUUCGACAACACCAAGCGACAAGGAGCACAAACCUCCGUAUUACCAUUUGACGCCACCAACCAUUCAAUUCCUCUCCCACCUGGCGCCUACUUGGUUGACUUCAACGAGACUGUUCGGAUACCACGGAAUUGCAUGGCGAGUGUAUUCCCUCGUUCAUCGUUGUGGCUUUCGGGCGUAGGAGUCAUUGCCGGUGUCGUCGAUGCCGGGUAUGAGGGGGCCAUGGGAGCACUGCUGGAAGUCAAGAAUCCAAAUGGUGUUGUGCUCUAUGAGAAUGCCAAGCUAGCCCAAAUUGUUUUUGAGCAAAUAUCUGAAGAGGUUGAGGGAUACAACGGAGUUUAUCAGGCGUCCACGAGCAGUGUCGGACGAGAUGGGCCAGAGAAGCGGGAUGAAUGA